UAGGUUAUUCGUAGACGAAUGCAAGUUGGCGGCCUGAUGAAUCCUAAUGCCUUUGUAGGUUUUUGGGAUACGGCCCAUGAUAUAUACCGAGUCAAAGGCUUCAAAGGCUUUUAUGUUGGUCUUAGCAUUGGAUUCCUCAAGGUGACUCCUAUGGCAGCUGUCAGCUUUGCCGUAUAUGAUCGGAUGAAGGUGUAUCUAGGGAUUGAUUAAAAAAAAGACUCCUCCCACACAUAGACAUUUUGUGGAGAAAAUCCCCUACUACUAUAUUUUUUUCUUCCUGUACCAACAGCCUCUUUUUUAAAAAACUAGGACCUUCUACACCUGUAGCGUUUGAUUACGGGUACGCUUUGUACAGUUUCCUUCAUGUCCUGGAUAUAAACCGGUUUUUCACAGUAAAUUACCCGCAUGCGUGACUGCUGGCGGAGCACGUUUGGGAACAGAAUGGUUGCGCGAUCAAAGUGAUCACUUUAUUCAUUUUCAACAUGUCAGCUCAGGAGCGCCCAGUUGUGUUUUUCGACAUCUCCAUUGGCGAUGUUCCAAUUGGACGAAUGAAAAUGGAGCUCUUUUCAGACAUAGUACCCAAGACGGCAGAGAAUUUCCGACAACUGUGUACUGGUGAAUACAAGCGCAACGGUGUUCCACAGGGAUUCAAGAAUUGUUUGUUCCAUCGCGUCAUCAAGGACUUCAUGGUCCAGGGUGGUGAUUUCUUGAAGGGCGACGGAACAGGCUCCAUGAGCAUCUACGGCGACAAGUUUGCCGACGAAAACUUUGAUGUCAAACAUACCACUGCCGGGCUCCUGUCCAUGGCCAACUCUGGACCCAACACCAACGGAUGCCAGUUCUUCAUCACAUGCGACAAGUGCGACUUCUUGGACGGAAAGCACGUUGUGUUUGGCAAAUUAGUCGAUGGUUUGCUCACCCUGAGAAAAAUAGAAAACGUGUCGACCGGCCCAAAUAAUCGACCAAAACUUCCAGUCAAAAUCACAGAAUGCGGCCAAAUGUAAUUUUAAUAAUAACAAAAGAUUCGAAACCAAGUGUAUUUACUUUAUGUUAUGUGUUUAUGGUACAACAAUGAGAGAAACGAAAAAUGGACACUCGUAGGGGAUGGUUUCUAUUAUGCGAAUAGGAAUUAAAAAGA